AAUGUAGCGGGCCUCUCAAUUUUCAGCAAACAAACACGACCGUAUCAAAAUCACAUAGCGUGGUAUUCUUAUUGAAUUAUUUACAUAAUUUCUUCAUUUUAUUGAUUUACGCAAAAGUCAUGUUAUACUUGUAUUAAGUAUUUGUAUGGGAAUAUUUCCAUUUCAACGGAUCAAAAUCUGUACAGUAUCUGUAUAUUAAUUGAGAAGGGGAACACAAGAUUUGUUGUGAUCUUGUGUUUUUCAUGAAUGUUUUAAAUGGACUACAUACCUUGAGAUAAGACUUUAGAUGCCAGUCAACUCUGAAGUAUUGCAGCAUUGUAAGAGAGAUGGUACGGCAGACAGCAGUGCACGUUUCAGGGGCCGAUCCUCAGGUGUGUUUUGAGGUGGUGGACCACGGUGACAUGGUACUAGCGGGACUGACAAAACUGCGUGACAUGAAACAGCUGUUCGAUGUCGUCCUCGUAGUAGAGAAUGAGCGUCUCCCUGCACACAGGGUCGUCCUGGCUUCCUGCAGUGACUACUUCAGAGCCAUGUUUACUGAUGGUUUGUUGGAAUGUCAACUAGAUGAGAUACGGCUCAUUGGCGUCACCGCUGCUGGCAUGCGGGCCCUCAUUGACUUUGCAUAUUCCUCCAGAAUCGACAUUAAUGAAGACAAUGUCGAGGAUGUGUUGUGUGCAGCCAAUCAUGUUCAGCUGAUCCCUGUGGUGGAGGCGUGCGUCAACUUCCUCAAAUCUCACCUCUCUCUCUCCUGCUGUGUGGACCUGCUCAAUAUUGCCGAACUCUUUACACUGCAUGAUCUCAAAGACUUCACUUACAAAUACAUCUGCAAAAAUCUUGCCACUUUUGGUGUGUCGUCAGAAUUCCUCCAACUGUCUUUCAGCCAAUUAGGAACCUUGUUAGAUAUGGACUAUCCUGUGAAUUGCUCAGAGUGUGAUGUGUUGUCUUUUGUGAUUGGCUGGAUUGUUCAUCACCAUGGAUACACUUGGAAUGAAAUUGGGAACAUUUUUGACAAGAUAAAUCGUCUUUCAGUAGAUCAUCAGGAUCUUCCAAACAUUCCAAACUUCUGUGAUUUUGACAGGCUAUGUAAAGAAAAUGAGUCUUUCAAAUUGUUUGCAAGUUCACUUGACCUCAAUCAAAUGUCAGUCAAUGAUAAAGGCCUAGUCCCAGGUUUAGUGAAUAUUCGUGGCUUCCAUGAAAGUGUAGUAGUGUGUGGAGGGUUUAAGCCAGGACUGGGGAUGUCCAACAGUGUUCAGUGGUAUGACGGUGUUUCGGGCAAGAUGCAAUCAUUGACCACAGUCCCUCAUGUGGAGCAGUGCAAUUUUGGUGUAUCAGUUAUGGAAAACAAACUAUUCAUUGUUGGUGGUUGCUACAAUGAUGACCAAAUGGAAGAAAUUGUGCAUGGGUUUGGAUUCUGCUAUGACCCAUCAAAAAAUGUCUGGAAAAAUAUUCCACCAAUGAAUAUGGAGCGAUGUAGGUUCUAUUUGGGCACAGUUGGAAGCAAGCUGUUUGCAAUAGGUGGAGACCCAUCAGCAUCCAUGGAUACAGGAGAUUUUGCUCAUUGUGAAUGCUUUGACCUUGAAACUCAAACAUGGCAGGAAAUAGCACCGUUGCCUGGCAACAGGAUGGAGCAUGCAGGGACAGCCUUGGACAACUGCCUGUACGUCUCUGGUGGUGUCCAAGACUCAGAGGGCCCAGUGUUCAAUACGUUUUUCAAGUAUGACAUUGAAACUAACAUGUGGCUUCAGCUGCCUUCCAUGCUUACAGCGAGGGCUGACCACACCAUGUUUGCAUUUCAACGGAAUAUUUAUGUCAUAGGAGGCUGGUUUGAAGAUUCUGUUACCCACCAGAGGGUCAUGGCCAAUACAGUGGACUGCUUUGACCUUGACAAGGGUCAAUGGAUGGUCAUUGCUAGUUUCCCAUCACCACGGCUGUUUGCCAGCUACACAUUACAUGAUGAUAAGAUAGUGAUAAUUGGAGGCUGGUUAAAUGGGGAUUGUCAAAUGAAGUGCAACACAGUGGAGAUGCUUGAUUUACCAAGUCUGAUUUGGGGGGAGGGGCCAAAGUCAGAGGGGCGGGGUACCACUGGCGGUCUGGAGGUCUGGGAACACGCUGCAUGUUGUUUGUGGGUGCCCAUGUCCGUGCUGGAUAAUCAAUAAUGGAACAAUCAAGUAAUAAUGCUAAGCAAUUUAAAAAAGUCUUUACUGUGACUGCAUAGCAAUCCUCUUUUUCAUAGUGGUAUUUGAACCAUAUCUGAAGUCUAUAUCAAGAGAUCUAAUUAUAGGUGAAUUGAAACUGGGAAAACUUAAAAUAACAAGACUUCAACUGAACAAUGCUGACUUGAAUAGUGAAGUAGUGUUUUAACAAUAUUAAUGAAAAUACUCAACACACAUACAUGUAGGUCAUAGACCAUGAGCAUUUACUUUGACAUUAUUUUUUGACUGCCAGAUAUUUAUGCUCGAAUUAUUUACUUUGUUUAUUUUGCUGAAUUUGUGCAAUUGUUCACCGAGUGAUUUUCAAAGUAGUUGAAUGAAUUCCAUAUUUGUAUUUUUUUUUCUAUAGCUGUUGUCAUGUACAUGUAGGGCUUAAGCCUUUAUCACUUUGUGUAUUUUGUUCUGAGGUUUUCCUCAUUCAGAACAUAGUUCGUUAUUUUUACUUCAUGUCCCAAGUUGUUUGAUCAAUCCUGCAAUAAGUAUGACUAGUACAAUGACUAGUUUAUGAUAUAUCCAUCAAUGUGUUACCGGUUCAGCUAAAAACAAAGACCCAAGGGCACCCACAUUUAUAGCCCAAUAAUGCGGAUUUUAUGAUCCAGACUGCAAACACAUGAUUUAUUUUUUUCUUCCAUACUUUGGUUUAUCCAUUUGUGAAAGAAUAAAUAAUAUGUUGAAAACACAUUUUUUGCAAUCAGUGAAAAUGCAAUCAGUGAAAAACCUUGUCGAUGACGUUAUAUACUUAAGUCACCAAGCAAAGUAUUUUUAUCAAUCAAUGUUGAUAUUAAUUAGUUCUUCUUAAGUUUGCGUUUUUUUUGAGGAUUGUUUUUAAUUUAAACACUAAAAUUUAUGUUUUGUGUUCAAGAAAUAUAUAUUCCAACGAGCCAGUUGUAUACUGAAGCAAAUCACUUUCUUUCACUUGAUCUCUAUUUUUCUGUGUUAUUUCCUUUUUGCUAUUGUUUUUUCUUUUCAUUUUUUGUUGUGUUUAUGUUUUGGGCGUUAAUGUAAAAUAACGAAUAAAAUUACAAGCAGAUAUUUUUAGAAAAUGUAAGGAAUUAUCUUUGUUAUCUUUAUGGGUUUUCAGUGUUCAAACAGUUUGAUUCCUUGUGUUGACUAUAUACCGUAUGUAUCAUUUGUAUGUUAGAACCAGCCUUGAUAAGUAAUUUAAACAUAAGAUAGCAUGUAAAGUUCAUGUUAAACUGAAACUGGGACCAAUCAUCAUUCUCCCAGGCUGAAGUAAUGAGGAAUCCACAGAUGUUAGCAUUUCAGUGGUUAAUGUUUUCAUUAAUAAUCUGUGCUGUAUCGCCAGUAUUAAACUGCCAUGUCAUGUUGUAUUCACAAAUAAAUAUUCUA